CUUGAGCAAGCAGGCAGUGACUACCCAAGCAAACAUUCAGAAGCUGCGCUUUCCCCUGUUUCCUCGAGCGUUGAGGGUACACUUCUUCAUCCAGGCCUCGCCGCCCCAGUUCCACAACUCCCUCUUACAUCAGUAUCCAUGGGGCAUAUUUUUCUCAGCUUAACAUCCCCCAGAGUGCGAACGUUUUACCGUGUACGCCACCGUCUUGUCAUUGUAUUAUUUAUCAUUGCACUUCUUCACCAGCAAUACCUUUACCUAGUCAGCCGAGAAUCUCUACGAGCGAAAUACGUCCCGACCAAAUUCAACCUAGGAGCGAAAUGCGUCGCGACCAAGUUCAACCUACGCAUUCACAAUCGUCACACGCGCUCAUGGGGACCAGAAAAUGAAGAUCCGCAGUUAACAGCCAAUCUCUUAGACAACCGCGAGCAUUGGAAGCUUCUGGGAAAUGGCUGGGAAGGACGUGUGUAUGUCUACAAGGACUCUGUUAUUAAGACCUUCAACACUGUACGAAGUCCUUUCCGAAACUGCGCUCCUGCUAGCUAUCCAACCGACAGAUGGCCGACAGAAAUACCCGCGACCCUCUACUUUGGAGGCUCCACUUCGACUGCUGCCAAUGGAACUGACGAUACUGGAAAUGCAAAGCCAAGAUACAAUGGCUUCCUCCCCGUCAAGGCCCACUUCAUAGCAUCCAACUCCCCCGGAAGUCCAGAAGAAUGGCACCUAGUUACCCCCCUAGCAGAAGGCGGCAACCUUCUCACACUCGCCCAGAAGCUCUCCACCGACCCAAUUAUCACAUCCUACCGCACUAUCGACGCCCGCUACCGUCCCGCUUUCAACCGCUUCCUCUCCACCCUAGCCACCAUCCACAACGCAGGCUACUGCCACGACGAUGUCAAGCCCACCAACAUCUUCAUCCAAAGCCCCUCAGACUGGCUCCUCGCCGACCUAGGCAAUGUCCGCGAAGUGGCCCAUCCCUACCACACAUCUCGCCUCUGGAGAGACAGCAAGCAAGUCGCUGAUUGUCGCUCCAACGAUGUUGUGAGGGCACUGCAAUCAUACCUCAAGUUUCUGCAGAUUUCAAUGUCUAAUCAAGAUGCGUUCAAUACUGCGCUGUUCCAAGGCGAAGAACCGAUUAGCAAGCUCUUUUGGUGGGCGAUGACGGAUGCCGAGGGUAUACGUGCGGAGGAGUUGCGGCGUCGCUCGUUGGCUGAGGAUCCGGAAGCCAUGCCAGCGCCUGAUACACGGAAUCAUGUGCAUAUUCCGGCGCGGACGUCUGCGCUGUUGAGGUGGGUGGCGAAUCCUGGGUUCACGAGAUUUGCGGUUAAUUACUCACUUUGGACUACGUUGACGGAAGCAAGAGCGAGGAUUCGGGCGUUAGUUUGGUUGAUUGAUUUGCCCGGGAUGCAGAGUUGUGAAGCUUGAUACCCAGGUGUUGAGAAUGCAUGGAUGGAUGGAUGGAUGGAUGGAUGUGUUUGUGUUGUGUAGUUUUUCAGGUGUGCGACGUUGUUUUGAUAGGACCCAAUGCGAAUACGAC